AUGGAGUCUGGGCUGAAGAAGAUGCAGAGCAGCCUAAAGUUGGUGGACUGUAUCAUCGAGGUCCAUGAUGCCCGGAUUCCACUUUCAGGCCGCAACCCUCUGUUUCAAGAAACCCUUGGGCUUAAGCCUCAUGUGCUGGUCCUCAACAAAAUGGACUUGGCGGAUCUGAAGGAGCAGCAGAAAAUUAUACAGCACUUAGAAGGAGAAGGCCUAAAAAAUGUUGUUUUCACCAACUGUUUACAGGAUGAGAAUGUCAAGCAGGACCCAGUGCCAGGCUGUAGCGUGUACCCGGGGCUGUUGUUGGACAAGCUUCUGGAGGGUGUGGUGCCUGGUUUUCCGCAGUUGUAUUUCGAGGAUUUUCCUGGCUGGUGUAUCUUUGUGGAAGGGAAAGCUACCAGGGUGGGCGGCGAGCCUGGGAUCACCAGAGCUGUGAUGUCCAGAAUCCAGGUGUGUGAGCGGCCGCUGAUGUUCCUGCUGGACACUCCUGGGGUGCUGGCUCCUCGGAUUGAAAGCGUGGAGAUGGGCCUAAAGCUGGCCCUGUGUGGAACCGUGUUAGACCACUUUGUCGGGGAGGAGACCCUGGCGGACUACCUUCUCUACACCCUCAACAGGCACCAGCUCUUUGGGUACGUGCGGCACUAUGGCCUGGGCGGCGCCUGUGACGACAUCGCCAGCGUGCUGAAGCAGGUGGCUGUGAGACUGGGGAAGACGCAGAAGGUGAAAGUGCUCACGGGCACGGGUGACGUGAACGUCAUCCAGCCCAACUACCCUGCGGCAGCCCGAGACUUCCUCCAGACCUUCCGCAGGGGGCUGCUGGGCCCAGUGAUGCUGGACAGGGAUGUCCUGCAGAGGUCCCCCGUGGCAGAGCCCUGAACUGGUCCAGUUGGCAGGGGCCUCACUCCUGCCUGGCCCUUGGCACCAGAGAUGCGGGGCAUCCCAGGCCCCAGCCCAGAAUCUGAUGCUGGGCCUCCCUUUUCCAGAAGCUCCAUGCUGGGCACUAUCCACUCAGGUCUCUACGCCGGGAAGGAACCUGUACCUCCUGCUGCCCCACAGCCUGGCCAGCUGUUGUUGGGGACUGUGCCUGGGGUCUGGACGUCAGGGCUGACGAAGUCCCUAAGCUGUCCCUGGGUGUCUCAACUGUGCCGAGUAUCUCUCAGGGGGAAGAUGAUGCUUUCUCACGAGGACGUGAACGUACAGUCUGCAAUUUAAAAAUCUCACGAGGCCAGUCUCUGCUGGUGGCUUGUUUGCUGUGCACCAGGAGCACCUUGGGCUCACAUGUUAACGUCUCUCCAAAACGACACAAAAAAUGGGAUAUGAACUGCUUAGUGAGUAAGGCCUAUGUAUUGGGGCCUUGGUGGUACCCUGGGUCCU